GUAUGCGCUGAAAAGGUCGUGCUGUUUCAACUUCUCAGAGAUUUUCAAUUACUUUUCAAGAAUAGAUCUUUUAUCUUGCCCAAAUUUCCACUCAUCCAGAGGGGAAAUUUGAUUGAAAACGUAUUUGCACGGGAGAAAGCAGGCGGACUGUGACUGAGUAUGAUAAAAGAUCACGAUUAAGUGUUUGAUCGAAGGAUUUGACUUGAGUGUUUGAGCAAUGGCUGAUGAAGCAAGAGAGGAUACUGCUGGUCCCAUGGAUCAAGAAGAAAAACCUGAGGAAAAAAACCCACAAGAAUUAUCAUCUUCUGAUGAAGUAGCUGCUGAUGAGUUGUUUGAUUCUUUUAUGGAGAUUGCGAAUGAUCCUGAACUCCAAGAAGAGGAGACUGAUGCUUUGGAUGGAGUUGGAGUGGGGUCUGGGUCUGAUCCCCCUGCUCAGAAGCAGGAAGAAAGCAACAGUACUGAUGGAGGGAAAGAAGAUAAAUUGGACAAAACAAGUGAUGAAGGAGAAGCAAAUGCUUCUUCUGAUCCUUCAAUCUUGGGCCAAAAUGAUUCUAACAGGGAUACAGAUGAACUACUAACAGAUGCUCAAACUGAAACAAAUGAUCAUAACAAAACAGAAAAUGAUCUUGAGGAUUCUUUGAAGAGAGCACUUGAUCAAGAAGAAACAGUUGAAUCUUCAGAAGUUUUAUUACCUGUUAACAGUGAAAAUGAACAGUCAUGUCUUCAAGGUGGAGAUAUAGAAGAAGGUGAUUCUGCAUUAUCCAUAUCUGUUGGAGGUGAGGUAAAUUCACAUGCUAUACCUGAGCAAGAUGCCACAGAGGUACCAUCAGAAAAAAUGGCAACACCAAACCUGGUGUGUGAUGAAGGGAAAGCAGUUGAUCUAAUUGGUAAAACUGAUGUUGCUCAGUCAAAUCCAUAUGGAAUAAAUGAGACAGUCAGAAUAGAAGAAAGUUUAGAAAACAGUGGGGUUGGUAAUAUAGUAAAAGCAACUGAGAGUAAUAAGAACGAUAGUGUUGACAAUGCUAGUGUUUCAUCUGGUGAUGCCAAAGAGGUUGAUAGCGAGAGUUACCCAAAGUCAAUCACAGCUGAUGUUGCCAAGAGCUUAUCAAGGGCCAUGGAGGAUCUGGCAGGGCUAGAACAGCAACUAUGUACAGCAAUGACUCAAAUGAAACAAUCAAAUGAAAAGAAAAUGGAUGAGGAAGAUAACAAAGGAGGAUGCGUGGAGUUGACUACAUUACAAAAUGUUGAUGAAGGAAACAAAGAGAGAGUGAGUGGUAACAACUUAGUGGAUGAAAUUAAUAAUGACAACAAGGGAACUGAUGUGGAUGUUGCUGAAAUACAAGAGGUUGAAAAGGAAAAGGCUGUAUCUGCUGAGCAAGUUCUACCCUGCAAUGAGGAUUCACAAGUUGAAGACAGCAGUGUCUUGCAGACAAGUAAACCAGUGGAUGGACAUGAAGAGGUAGGGAAAGAAGUUGAAUCAGCAGGAGAAGUAAGUAAUGCAGAGGAAUUGUUGCAAGGGGUAACAGGACAGGAAUGCAAAAAGGACCUGGACAAUGCUUCAACUGAAAAGUCAGAUUCUGCAGAUGAACUUGACCUGGAAGUUGCAAGGAGUGGCAUGGGUAAGGCAGUACCUGAUAUUGAGAUAACAACGGAUGAAAGUGGCAUAUCUGCAGGUACAGAAGAAAGCUCACCAAACAGUCGACCUGGAACACCAGCACCGAAUGAGGAUGGAAUAGAUUCUGACACACCCUCUGAUUAUGGAGAUGAUGAAGACGACAAUAAUGCAUUUGUUCCUGACAAUCUUGGAGCUUCUACUAAUAGAAAGUCAUGGCUUCUAGAAACAGAUAGGGAGCGUCUGUCAUCAGAUUCAUCGACUGUUUCGGAGAGAGACUUCCGUGAAAGUUUUUCCAAAGGUGACAUUGUUGAUGGGAAAUCAACAAAGGAAGAUUACAUCAGAGGACACUUGUUGAAGAUGGGUGGUUCUGGCCUAACACCAAAAAAUUGGAGGAAAAGAUGGUUUGCAUUGAAAAGGGACAACUGUCUCUACUACUACAACAAGCAAAAAGAUAAAGCACCCUGUGGAGCAAUCAUCUUGUCAAACUACUCCAUAUCAAAAGCACCAGAGAUUAACAAACCGUACUGCUUCAAGUUGACCAAGGGUGGUGCUAGGACAUAUUACAUGUGUGCAGGUAGUGAUGUAGACAUGAGGAAGUGGAUGAUGGCCAUGAUGGAUGCGAUCAAGGGGUCCUCUAGCAGUUCCAAUCCAUUUACUCUUUCGGAAGGAAGUGUUCACAAUGUCAGCAUUCCUGCCCUAUCAAUCAGGGAUCCAGAUUGCCAUGGUUACCUACACAAACAAGGCCAGGGUAUCAAGGUUUGGAGGAAACGCUAUUUUGUUCUUAAGGAUGGCUUUCUCUACUACUACUCUGACAUGUCCAACACAGUUGCCUUGGGUGUGGCAAAGCUUCUUGGCUACACAAUUCAACCAGGAGAGCAGAAGGAAAAGAAGUACUUCUUUAAAGCUAUUUCCACAGAUCCAUCAUACAGGACUUACUUUUUUGCAGCUGAAAGUGAAAUGGACAGGAAUAGAUGGUUGUCAAGACUAGAGGACUCUAUCAAAAAAGGAUCAACUGCCCAUGGAGAAGGAGUGAAAGUCUCCUAACUUGGAGGUUGAACCAUGCAUCCCUAGUCAUUACUUGCAACUCUGACUACUGGUUGUUACUUUUGUGUGUGGGUUUAAUAAGUGGCAAAGGAUUAGUAAUAUUUUAAAUAAAUUAAACCUGGAAUGUCUUAGAUCAGCACAUACAAUUUUUUCAUCUAAAACUUAUAAUUUGUUAUAGAUGAAUUACAAAGAGAGUAGAUAGAGAGAAGCAAUGGGAAGGGAAAGAAAAUUAUUUUAAGAAAUACACUGUAGCACAGCAAGGCACCAUGAAGGGAAGGAAGGGGAGGGGGGGUUGAGCCAUUUGUAUGCACAGAGUGAUGAGUCAGCAGCAGGUGCAAAGAAAAGGGUGCAGUUGGACCUUAAGUUAGAAGAAUAGUACAGUACCUUUCAUCUUCGAAGAUCUUAGUCUAGGGUUUAGGGUGGGGUUGUUGGUUUCCAUUGUUGUUGUUGUUUAUCUUUGCUUUGAUGCUUAGUUAUGUUUGUGUUGCUUUUGAUUCGAUCAAGACAAUUUUUGAGCUAUUGUGCCAGGCAUGUUAUGUUCUUUUAGGAUCUUUUUGGGUUAUAGUGUCUUUUAACAGGUACAUCUUUAUGCAAGUUUUAAGAUCUGAGAGAAUUUAAGAAACGUUCAUUAGAGAGCUCAGUUUUCUUGUUAAUUUUGCUUGAUGUUUCAGAAAGCAUCAGAGAAAGCCAUAUCUUUUAGAAGAUACUACUGUACACUAUAUAUAUAUAUGAAAUAAAGAAAGAUAGUUUACCGGUACAUGAUUAUACAUUAACCUGUAGUGUAGACAGGCAAAGUUGAUCUUUAUAAUGGUUGGUUCCAAUAUUUUUUGGAUACAAACAUUCCUAUGAAAAGUACAGUUUCCAUUGCAGAAGUUUUCAUAAAAAUUGAACACUUUUAGUCCAAGAAUCUUAGCUGUCAUGCACACUGUUUUAGAUAUUUUUAUUGAUUUGCAAUUUUUUUCUUUUGGCGAUUAUGUAGAACUAAAACAUGCCACAGAUGUUGCAUAAUUCAAUAAUGUGAGAGCAUUUUUAAAUAGGUACAGGAGAUUAUUUCUAAGAGAUGAACAUUUUGGGGCAUCUAUUUGCAUAUGUGGGCAACAAAUUUUUUAUGUCAUCAUCAGCAAUCAACUCUAAGAGUAUCAAGAUCUCUUUAAUGCCUCUCUUAGGAAUUUAGUUGUAAUAAUAUGGUGUUUAAUGUUGAAAUAUUUUUAAUGCUGGUAAUUAUUUUUUGUUCUCAAAAAGAAAAUGUUUUCACAUUCUUGAACAGCAACAUUUGAAGGGUAGUGCAGCUGUACAUUACAGUCCAGGCUGCUGUUGUUCAUAGGGUCGGUGAGGUCCUACACUGGAUUAAUCUCUAUCUGGUGGAGAUAGCACUGUGACAAGGGUUUAUUCAUUGGCUACCAUCAACUACCCUUUGAACAACUGCGCUGGGAUUCAGAAACAUUGUUCUUGCUUGGAGAGAACUUAUUGAAGCAUUUCUUGUGAAAAUAUAUAUUAAAAAGAAUAUUAUAUAGCAACACUGCUAGCAUUAAGUUAAA